AACUGGGAGCGCAGAGUGGGAAGCGGCUUGGGGGAAGAUGGAGAAGAGGCAGAGAGUGAUCAGGACGUGGGCAGUAGAAUUUGGCAGGAAGCAGACUUAGAUGUUCAGAAGUCAGUGCAGAUCCUCAAGAAAAGGCGAUGGGAACAAGGGCCAAGAAACCAGGAGAACCAAGGAAAGACCUCUGCCCCACAGGUCCCAUUGACUUCUACAACUCUGGGUGGUGAAAGACUAGAAGAUUAGACCAGUGCCUUUGGAUUCUAAUGCUGGCUGCUCUCCACAGUCUAGGGUUACUGGCUGGUGUUGUUCUGGGGAGAUCUCCUAACAAGGCAAGAACUAUGUCAUGGAUCAAGGAAGGAGAGCUGUCACUUUGGGAGCGGUUCUGCGCCAACAUCAUAAAGGCGGGCCCAAUGCCCAAACACAUUGCGUUUAUAAUGGAUGGGAACCGUCGCUAUGCCAAGAAGUGCCAGGUGGAGCGGCAAGAGGGCCACUCACAGGGCUUCAACAAACUGGCAGAGCUGCUUGCCUCCUCCCCUCUCAGACGCUGCGCUGGUGUUUGAACCUGGGCAUCCUAGAGGUGACGGUCUACGCAUUCAGCAUUGAGAACUUCAAACGCUCCAAGAGUGAGGUAGACGGGCUAAUGGAUCUGGCCCGGCAGAAGUUCAGCCGCUUGAUGGAAGAACAGGAGAAACUGCAGAAGCAUGGGGUGUGUAUCCGGGUCCUGGGCGAUCUGCAUUUGUUGCCCUUGGAUCUCCAGGAGCUGAUUGCACAAGCUGUAGAAGCCACCAGAAACUACAACAAGUGUUUCCUGAAUGUCUGCUUUGCAUACACAUCUCGCCAUGAAAUCAGCAAUGCUGUGAGAGAGAUGGCCUGGGGAGUGGAGCAAGGCCUGCUGGAUCCCAGUGAUAUCUCUGAGUCUCUGCUCGAUAAGUGCCUCUAUACCAACCACUCUCCUCACCCAGACAUCUUGAUACGGACUUCGGGGGAAGUGAGGCUGAGCGACUUCUUGCUCUGGCAGACCUCCCACUCCUGCCUGGUGUUCCAGCCAGUUCUAUGGCCAGAAUACACAUUUUGGAACCUCUGUGAGGCCAUCCUGCAGUUCCAGAUGAAUCACAGUGCACUUCAGCAGAAGGCCCGAGACAUGUAUGCAGAGGAGCGGAAGAGGCAGCAGCUGGAGAGGGACCAGGCUGCAGUGACCGAGCAGCUGCUGCAAGAGGGGCUUCAGGCCAGUGGGGACGCCCAGCUCCGACGGACAUUCUUGCACAAACUCUCAGCCAGACGGGAAGAGCGGGUCCAAGGCUUCCUGCAGGCCUUGGAACUCAAGCGGGCUGACUGGUUGGCACGUCUGGGCACUGCAUCAGCCUGAGUGAGGCUGGCCACCUGCCACUCUGCCCUGCCCUCUGCCUUCAGGGCCCCACUCCUUCUUCUUUUCUUGGUGAAAGGCAUCUUCUUCCUGAUGAUGAACUGUGUUCCCUUUGCCCAGCAGGGGAGCCACCGAAGCCAGCUCUGCUGGCCAGAGAUACCCUUGGGCUGCCUGGGACAGCGGCCCCCUGGGGGGGUUGAGAGUGAGAGUCCCCUGCAAGUACGCUAAACCUAGCUCUGGUCACCAGUAGGUUUGGAGAGCAGGCCGCCAACUUGGGCUGCCACUCCUUCCUCUGUUGGCAUUGCCGUCUGUGCUCCUAGAAGCACUUUCUUUUUCAACCAGCCCAUCCUUCAGCACAGAACUGUGGGGAGACGUCUCCCCAAACUCCAGCCCCUUGCUUAUCCAUUUUAGCCUUCCACCUGACUUGCACAAAAGAUUUGGCUCCACCUUUGAUCAGCUGGUAAAUAGCUAAUAGGCAACCAACGUUAUUUGGGCAAGGAAGAAAGGGGCGGGAGAGACAGAAAGAAAAUUUGCCCAUCUGCUGUUCCUCCCCCUUGGCUGUCCACCUGGGAUUCGCUGUUGAAUCCCUACCCCUCCCACCAUGCAGCACUGAUUGCUCACUGAAAGCCUCAGCGGCCCCAAUGGCGCGGAAGCCAGGCUGGUGAUUACAAUCCAAUUACCUAUUGUCGACUCAGCCCACACAAGCUUUUCUCCUCCUUGCAGGGCAUGGGGCCAGGCUCCACUCCCCCCAAAGGCCAGCCCUCUCCGUAGCUACAGGGUAACAGGCUGUAGGCCCUAGUGAGCCUAAUCCAACACCGGCCUCCUGCCCUGUGACACAUCAGGACCAGAAGCAUAGAAAGUACUUUUCCCACCUCACUCUGCCUCCCGCCUCACCAUUCUCAAACUCUGAUUCCCACUUCUCAGCUCUAUCUCAGAGGCUUCUUGGCUUUUUGACCUGGCCCCCUAAGCAGGCCCUGAGACGAUUUAUUUUAAGCAUGGCUGAGUCCCAGCUUAUUCCAGGCCCUUCUCUGCUUGUGAGAACCAGGGCUGCCCAGCAGAAAAGAGAGGGUAGGGUAGAGUCAAGGGCUGAGUCCUUUCCCUUACCUGUCCCUGCCAGGCCUUGCUGCAGAGCUGCUGACAGGAUUGGUGCCUUUGAAGAGCUGUAUGCCUGAGCAGCUCUGUGCUUCAGGUGCCCCAGAGCAAAAAGCACUGCCAGUAGUACCAACCAAAUGCUACUCCAGUUAGUCUUCCCAUUUUACUUUGUGCAAGCUGUUUCCCCAGCACCUCCCUCUAGGGUAGAAGCCCGACCUUACAAGCAGUGUUAAGAGCAUACUCUUCAGACCUAUAACCUUCCUGUACUUCAGUCCCCUCCUCCUCUUUCUGUGCCUGGAUACCUGGCAUAAGAGACCCCUUGGCCAUCAUCCCUGCUCUGAGAAUCAAGUAUAAAUGCCAGGCGCUAUGAUUGAGAAGCCAAUCAGUGUACCCUUUGGCAAGCCCCCACACACACCUGGCACUCCCCACUACCAAUCCCUGGCACAGGGUUCCCAGAGAGCAGGUGCUGUACAUUUUCCAGCUUUACAAUGGGGCUGUUGACAGCUUUAAUUAGGGAGGCAUGAAUUAUGUGGCUAUAAUGCAGAGCCCUACAAUUAAGGCGGGAUUGAGGGGCUGGAGGCAGCAAACGGAAUCUGCCCUGUGAGCAUGGCUGUUGAGUCGUGGCUCCUUUUUUGUGCCUGACUUUCCCUAAUGUGAUUGGGGUACAGCAAAGGUGAUUAAUAGGGCUGGUAUCUCUUUUGGCCUGAAGUCUUAAAUUCUGGGAAAGGUACACAGGGUGGGGUAGGGAGGAGCUGUCCCAGAAGGCACUGAGGCCCAGGAGCAGGGGCUGCAAAAUAUUGGAACUCACUGUGGUUGCUUUCUAACAGUAUGAUUUGUUCAAACCAGCUUAACGCUUGUCUCAAGAAUCCAGGUGGUACCCAUUUGAAUGUCCUUCCACCUGUGAGCCAAGUCCCCAUUCGAGAAUAUCAUGUCUUGUGUUCUCCUGGGUGUAAAAUAGAAUUUUAAAUUUUUCUUAGCUGUAAAAA